AUGAACUCUAAUACAUUUCAAAUUCCUAUAAACCCAACUACAGGUCAAUAUGACGUUCUGCCUUUUGGUGUCAGUCUUGAAGACUAUAUGGCUGAUGGAACUAAUUCAUACUACAUCAAGGCCUUUACAAAAGUGAUUUCUCCCUACUUUCGACCAGGAACUCUAUCACGGUCGGAAUGCGAUAGAAUUGCAAUGGGCCUUUUGUCGAUGCUAGUGGAUACAGUUGAUUUGUACUUUCUCAAGUUUUCUGCACGAUUCUUAACUCCUGAAGAUUUCGAAGAAGUUAUUACCGAACGCAACAUUGUGCACACAUGUGGCUACCCAUUAUGUGCCCAAGUUCCAAAAAAUGCCAACGGCCAAUACAAAAUUGAAUAUAAGUACAAAGGCUUUAAGAUUAUGCACCCAUAUCUGACCAAGUACUGUAGCCGCGAACACGCCCAUGCCGCUAUGUUUUUCCAAAAACAGCUCUCUCAGGAACCUAUUUUUCUGAGAUCUGACAUUACAUUUUUGCCUUAUGGGAAAAGCACUUAUGAAAGCCACGUCGCAUCACUAGAAGAACUCCAAUAUCUGGCGACGACCCAUGGCAUGUCAUUGCACCAGGCCGCACAGUACUUUGCAGUUAACGCCAUCAAAGCCGCACGUGAUACAGCUCAGGAAUCAACAACAAACGAACAAAAGCAAACAGCCGAAGAUGAAGAGCUGGCCAAGCUCGCAGAUAAACUAUCAUUCACAAGCAUCAAUGAGCGGAACCCUAACGAAACGAACAUGGAUGAUUUGGCAGGAAUUGACGAAGAACUGAUUGGAAAUCCCAAUGUGAUUGAAGGAUACGUUACGAAAAAUUAA